CCGGGCCGCGCGCUUGCUUCUUCAGCAGGUGGACACGCCUUACACGCCGACCACCAGCAUGCCAGAUAUUUGAGCCUGAACACGGGCUGUUUGGUUCAAUUUAUGAUUUCCUUGAAAUAUACUACUUACAAGCAAGGCCAGGCAGGAAACGAUGCAGAAGAAACAGCGCAGUUUGUCGGCAGAUUGAGCAAUCCAAGCUGAUGGCGCAGGUUGCCAUCGCAAGUGUAAGUGUAUGAAGUACGUGUAUCGAAGAAGGGUCAGAAAAUGGUCCGGCGGCGCAUUGAAUGAUUGUGCAUCUGCGCCUCACACAAUGUAUCAGAGCUCUCCUCUGAAAUCGAAGAACAAAAAAGCACCCAACCCACGUUCAGCUCAUCCUGUACAAGGCGAAGUCCAGCGACAUGGCUGCGAUGAAAUCGGAUUGGAUGGCGGUUUGAUACGCACACGGGCUUGUUUUAUUUCCAAGCAUUGCUGUCCGAAUCAAUCGCGUCACAACUUGAACCGAGGGUUAAGUUGCGGCGGAAUCUCGAGAGUGGUUGAUGAUGGAGUGUGCGUGGGUCAAACUAGAGUCAGCCUUUCACAGGCCGAGUGGCUUGGGUCUUUCGCUACUUGGGUGCUGGAGAGGGGCGGAUGCAGGACAAGAGAGGCUGGAGGACAGUGGGGACCCGUGAGAGGCCAAAAGUCACCGCCGCUUUUUACUGGCUGUCGGGCUUUGUUCAACCGUCGUCGGCGAUCUGGCAGCUGCGAGCCAGCCCACGCACAGCCCAUUUCCCUCUUGAACAGCGCGCCCGCCACUAGCAGUGGCAAGGAUCCUCCCCCCAGUCACAGCCUCCCCGUCUUCCACACCCUUGCCUGCGUGAGCCUCUUUCUCUCUCUCUUCGAGGCCACACCAGAUUUCCAGCCGUGAGAGCAGCUCACCCUCCUGCACGCAUGAAUACAGGGUCAGCAAUUAGACGAAAAACUUAUUCUCUUCAGAAAGACAGCUGGCCGCGUUCCCGGAUAAACUGCAAUAAAAUUGCGUAAGGCGCUUUACUUCUUUUUAGAACCUGGUUUCCACUGUUUUUGUUUUCUGCGCCCCGCGGCCUCUGCGUUGGCAUACCUACCUAUCCG